ACCUCUAAAACACACACAACCGACCGAGGACCUGAGAGACUCGCAAGGAUGCACUUGUUGUCCGCCUGCUGCGUGUGCGCCCUCCUCAUCACCGCGCUCCUCAGUCGAGUCAGCGGUUUGGACACUGUUAUCGGCAUGUACGGGGAAACACUCGAGAUCCCAUGCAACACUAAAGCAGACGACGCCAUCAUCACUAAAUGGAAAUAUGACAAAGGAGAAGGUCUUCCAGGAGACCUGCUGGUCAAGCAGACAAACCAGAAUGCCGUAAUCACAGCCACUGAUGAGUACAAGGACCGUGUGAGCAUGGCCGAGAACUCCAGCCUGCUGCUUUCUGCAGCCAGGCUGACUGACCAGCGGACUUUCACCUGCAUGGUGGUGGCUAGUGCAGACAUCACAGAAUACCCAGUUAAUGUGGUGAUCUACAAGACGCCAGAAGGCCUGGAGAUUUCUGACAAAGCGGAGGAACUAGAGAUUGGCAAACUUACUAAGCUUGGAACAUGUGUUGCACAGGAUGCCAAUCCAGCUGCAAACAUCACGUGGUUAAAGAACAAUAAACCUCUGGUGGCUGAUGGGAAAGGGAUUUCCAUCCAAGCCUCUGUGCUGGUAGACCCUGUUACUGGCCUCUCAACCACUUCCUCCAUACUGGAGUACUCGGCCGAGAAAGAAGACACGAACGCUCAGUUCACCUGCAGCACUCAGCACACUGGGGGCGCAGAGCUGGUGUCCUCUCCAGUGACCUUCACCAUCACCUACUCCACAGAAAACAUUGUCCUUCAGGUCGUUGCUCAGGACCCCCUCGUAGAAGGAGACAAUGUGACUCUGAAGUGCGUUGCAGAUGGUAACCCAGCUCCUACCAGCUUUAACUUCCACCUUAAGGAAGAAAUGGUGAAAGUGGAAAAUGCAGACACUUACACCAUCGUGAAUGUUUCACGUGACGCCAGUGGUGAAUACAAAUGCUCCCUCAUUGACAACCCCAUGUUGGAAGCAUCUGAGGACAUCACAGUAAACUACUUAGACAUCAAUUUAAGCCCCUCUGGGAACAUCGUGAAGAGAGCUGGUGAGGCCUUAAAUCUAACUCUCCGGAUUGAUGCUUCCGGAGAACCAAAGGUCUCCUGGACAAAGGACAAUGUAAAAAUGGAUAAAGAGCCUAAGUUUAAAACGCUGAGUUACUCGGACUCCGGUCGGUACGAGUGCGAGGUGGCAAUGGGGCUCCUCAGCCGAAAAGCUUCUGUUGAGCUGCUUGUUGAAGGUGCUCCAGUCAUCAGACAGCUGUCCAAACACCGUGGUGAAGAUGGCCAACAUAAAGUCUUGAUUUGUGAGGCUGAAGGUUCCCCAAAGCCAGCUGUUACCUGGAGCAUCAAUGGCACCUCGCCUGAUGAGAGUCCCUUCGUCAAUGGAAAGAUCACACACAAGAUCACAGUUGUGCCUUCUGCAAAUCUAACUGUCUCUUGUACAGUGACCAAUGAGUUUGGCAUGGACACCAGAGCUAUAAACGUGUCAUCCUACCAGUCUGAGGAUAGUGACCAAACCAAGUUGGUGGUUGGAGUUGUGGUCGGUCUCCUCAUCGCCACUAUGAUUAUAGGCCUGGCAUACUGGGUCUACAUGAAGAAGUCCAAGCAAGGCAGCUGGAAGACCGGUGAAAAGGAGAACGGGUCUUCUGAGGAGGAGAAAAAACUGGAGGAGAAAGUGGAGGAGAACAGCCAAAAAGCUGAGGUGUAAAGAAACAGCAAACAUCCUUUGGGAAUGUGAAAGUGAGAACAUGGAACUUUUGCACAUUUCUCUCCACCUCUGUCUUUGGGGAA